AUGAAGCUCAACGUUGCCAACCCUGCCACGGGCGCGCAGAAGUCCUUCGAGUUUAUGGAUGAGCGUCUUGUGCGCUGCUUCUACGACAAGCGCAUGUCUCAGGAUGUUGAGGUCGACAGCCUCGGUGACGAGUGGAAGGGCUACGUCCUCCGCAUCGGUGGUGGUAACGACAAGCAGGGUUUCCCCAUGAAGCAGGGUGUUCUCCUGCCGUCGCGUGUUCGCCUUCUCCUCGGUGAGGGUGACUCGUGCUUCCGUGUCCGUCGCGCUGGUCAGCGCCGCCGGAAGUCGGUCCGCGGCUGCAUUGUCGGCCCCGAUAUUCAGGCUCUCCACUGUAUCAUUGUCAAGCAGGGUGAGCAGGAGAUCCCUGGUCUGACCGACGCCGAGAGCGCUGUGCCGAAGCGUCUUGGUCCUAAGCGUGCUAACCACAUCCGCAAGUUCUUCAACCUCUCGAAGGAGGAUGAUGUGCGUCAGUACGUUAUCCGCCGCGAGGUCCAGCCGAAGAAGGAGGGUGCCAAGCCGUACACCAAGGCCCCCAAGAUCCAGCGCCUCAUUACCCCCCAGCGCCUGCAGCGCAAGCGUGAUGCUAGGCGUGUGAAGAAGGAGCGCGUUGUUAAGCAGAAGGCUGCUCGCGCUGAGUACGAUGCUCUGGUGGCCAAGCGCCUGGGUGAGCGCAAGCAGCGCCUGCAGGCCUAA